UUGUAGCUGAGAACAAACAAGUCCCGGUAUGUCUUCUGUGAGGAUGACGGGAGUUGUAGUUAAGGGAUGACGGUAGUUGUAGUUAAGGGAUUGUUGAAAGAGCCUCGGGUGGACAGAUACUUGCUGUGUGAUAGGAUGGGGGAACAGGAUCGAAUGCUCAGUGCGUCACCCAACUGGUACUGUAGCCGCUCCAGUGAUGCUGCCGGAGGCCUGUUUGGAUUUGCUGCUCGAAAUUCUAUCUACCUCCUGCACAUUAACCCACAGGAGCCUGGAUUUUAUGGAGAGCUGGUUGGACAUACAGACCGUGUCUCUGGCUUUGCUUUCUCCCACUUCUCAGGCCAAUCUCAUCUGUGUGCCAGUAGCUCAGAUGAUGGUACUGUAAAGGUUUGGGACACACAGACUAAGAACACUGUGACGGAGCACCAGCUCCAUCGGAACACAAUCUCUGCCCUGCACUGGUCGCCUUUGGUGAAGGAUCUGCUGAUAUCUGGGGAUGAAAAAGGAGUAUUGGUUUGUUUUUGGUGUAACCGGAAUGACAGCCAGCAGUUUUUUCCUGAGCCAAGGACCAUCUUCUGCCUUUCCUGCUCUCCGCACAAGGAGGACAUUGUAGCUAUAGGGUACAAGGAUGGCAUGAUAGUCCUGGUGGAUAUCAGCCGCAGAGGAGAUGUGGUGCAUCGGCUACGAGGGCAUGAUGAGGAGAUACAGUGUUUGGUGUGGAACCCCCACGCCCAGGAGUGUGACCUGCAACAAAAGCCAGAGGAGACAGAUACAAACACAGCCAACGGGGAGCUCCUUCCUGAGAUGGAGAACAAGAAAUGUUAUAUGGCUUCUGGCAGCAAAGAUCAAACUAUCCGUAUUUGGAGUACCUCUACAGGAAAAGCAGUUACAGUGUUGAAGUUGCCGUACCUUAAGCGCCGUGGAGGUGGGGUAGAUCCAGCCAUUAAGGAGCGUCUCUGGUUAACACUGCACUGGCCACCUGGCCAUCCAACACAGAUACUGUCCAGUUGUUUCGGCGGUGAACUGAUCCUGUGGGAUUUAGCCAAAUCCGGGAAGCAGAAAUGGACUCUUCUGGGCACGUCUGAUGGACAGAACCAUUCCCGUAUUGUCUUUAACCUUUGUUCUAUGGUCACUGAGGAAGGGAAGGAGCUCUUACUGUCUACUUCCAUGGACCGAGAUGUGAAAUGUUGGGAUCUGGGCUCCCUGUCCUGCUGUUGGUCCUUAACGUCCCUCGGUGGCUUUGUAUACAGUCUGGCUUUCUCCCCAGUAGCAGCUGGUAGCCUGGCUGUUGGGGUGGGAGACAGCAUGAUCCGCGUGUGGAAUACAAUGUCUGUCGUCAAUGCAUAUGAUGUGAAGACUCUGUGGCAGGGAAUCAGAUCCAAGGUCACUGCGCUGUCAUGGCAUCCCACCAAAGAGGGCAGCCUUGCUUUUGGCACAGAGGAUGGGAAAGUUGGUAUCUUUGAGGUCUACGUCAGCAAACCCCCUCAGAUUUCCAGUACCUACCACAAGAAGACUGUUUAUUCCUUGUCCUGGGGACCUCCGCUGCCUCCAUUUUCAUUUGGCGCAGAAGGGGACCAUCCUUCAUAUACACUGUACAGCUGUGGUGGGGAAGGGGUUAUUUACCAGCACAACCCUUGGAAACUGACAGAUGAAGCCAGUAAUAUUAACAAGCUGAUCCUGGACACCAAUGACAUCAAACACAAGUUACCGGCACACACAGAGUUAAACUGGAGACCUGAUGGACAGUAUUUAGCUAUUGGCAAUGAAGAUGGAACCAUUGAGGUCUUCCGCAUGCCAUGUCUGCAGCUCAUGUGUACCAUUCAACAGCAUCACAAGCUAGUGAAUGCCGUGCGGUGGCAUCACGGUCAUAGCCAAGACCCCGAUUUGAGCUUCCUACUGGCAUCUGGAUCUAACAAUGCUACCAUCUAUGUGCACAAUCUGAAGGGGCCCCUCGAGAAUCCCUCAGAUUCCCCAAUCACCAUCACUGAGCCUUUCCGUACCCUUCUUGGGCACACUGCAAAGAUCACAAGCCUGUCAUGGAGCUCUCACCACGAUGCCAGACUAGUGUCUGCCAGUUACGAUGGAACUGCUCAGGUAUGGGAUGUUCUGCAAGAAGAGCCGCUCAGUAACUAUCGUGGGCACAAAGGGAGGCUGCUGUCUGUUCAGUGGUCUCCUGUGGAUCCAGACCAGGUGUGGACAGGAGCUGAUGAUUUUUGCCUUCAUAAUUGGUCUAUAUCGAAACAGGAACAUAGCAGGCCCCCCAAAGGGAAAAAAGCCAUUGAUUUUGAAAAAAAGCGUGGCCUUCAAUCAAAACCAAAAGCCAAGAAGAAGAAAAAGUUAGACACACCCAAAGAGGAGACAGGGGGGGAGUUACUGAAGGGAGAAGAGGAGAGCCCUCUAACACAGAAUGGGACAUCCGAUCAAGAGCAUGGGACUCCUGAGCCAGUGGCAACUGACAAAGACUUACAUGAAGCAGAUGUAGAACGUUCGUCUCAGUUGGUCACUUCUCCAGUUCCUGCUCCAGAUAAGCACAGUCCCAUUUCAUUUUCUAAGGCUGGACCCAUUAGGAAGGACCAGGCCAAAGAACGAGCAGAUUUACAGAGGAAGAAGAAGAGUCGGUCGUUGCUUCCCAUCAGCACCAGCAAAGAUCACCGAUCCAAAGAAGAGCAACACAGAGACUGUGUUAAGUUGGCGACUGCUCUCUGUGCUAAGGAUUUGAAAGAGAGAUCUGAUUCUCACUCAGAGGACGCAACGCACCUGGGAUUAUACAGUGACCGUGCAUCCCUGUAUCGGCUUAUGGAAGAGGAGGGUCAGGCUCAUCUCGAGAAUGGGCACCCUGAACUUCAGCAUCAGAUCAUGCUUUGGAAAGGGGAUCUUAAGGGGACUUUGCAACUGGCUGCAGAGAGGGGUGAACUGACUGACCAGUUGGUGGCGCUGUCGCCCAUGGCUGGAUACAACGUAUGGCUAUGGGUGGUUGAAGCCUUUGUGAAACAGCUGUGCUUUCAGGAACAGUAUGUGAAAGCUGCUUCCCACCUGCUGUCCAUUAAUAAAGUGUAUGAAGCUGUGGAACUGCUCAAGGGAAACCACCUCUACAGAGAAGCCAUUGCAGUUGCAAAGGCUCGGCUCCUCCCUGAUGAUCCGGUCCUGCGGCAGCUGUACACUGGCUGGGCUGCAGUUCUAGAGCAAGAUGGGCACUAUUCCAUGGCUGCUAAGUGUUAUUUAGGGUCUUCCUCUCCCUAUGAUGCUGCCAAGGUGCUGGCUAAAAAAGGGGAUUUGCUGUCUCUGAGCACUGCUGCCGAACUUGCAUUAGUUGCAGGAGAAAAGGACCUCGCUGCUUCAUUUGCCAUCCGCUGCGCCCAGGAACUGGUCACUGCAAAGAACUUUGUAGCUGCCCAAGAAGCACUGCGACAGCAUCACAGUCUACUGGGGCAGAGACUGCUGUUCUGUACUAGUGAGCUGCUGUACACUCAUUUGGAGGAGAAGAUGCCGGUAGAUUGGAAAACACAAAGCAGCCCAUGUUUCCAUGAACAAACAGGCAAUAGUAAUGGGGAAUCCUUCAUGGCUAAGCUUAGCCGUCUAUGGAAGAGCGUGUGUGGAGUAAAUAGCCCGGGACAAUACACAGAUGCCUUACAGCAACUGUCUGCUUCAGAGAUUCCACAGACCACGGUCAAUACUGGCCCUAAACAGCUGCUGUUGCACCUUUCCCAUGAGAUCACCAUAUUAUCUCUAAAUUGCCAGCUUAAUAACUGGGAAGAGGCUGCUCCAUCACUCCUCCGUGUCCUGUUCCGCUGUCACCAGGCAGGGCAUUUCACCCUGAUGCAGGGGAUAGCUAGACUGCUGCUUCCUAACGGCUGUGAAGAGCUGAGGGCUAUGUUGCCCCCAGAAAACAAAGAGAGCUUGACUGCCUGUGACAGCGUGGAGGCCUUCCUUGCCUACAUAAAGAUGUAUGAGAUGUGGUGGGGGCAGCAAGAAAUGCAAACAAAUUCCAAAGAACCAGCGGCUGAAGUCAAUAUGGAUAGUCCAAAUGGAGACCCUGAUGCCAUGCAGGAGGCAGAGCAGGAUAUAAAACCAAGGGAUAUAUGUGGCUUUGAGGUGCUGCUCUCAGACCACCAUGCACCCUUCCAGAGUGCCCAAAGGGAGAUUUCAGAGGUUCAAAGAGCCCUCCGGGAGAUGAUACAGCAACACCAGAAAAUUAGGCAGAACGAGGACAGUUCCUUGGAACUAGAACCAGAGCCUGAAUUAAACACUUCUCCAUCUCAGGAUAAAACUCCCGACAGCCAAGCCAAUGUAUCCGCAUGUCCAAGUCCCGUGUCACUGACAGAGCUCAUGAAGAGGCUUUCAACAGCUAACCAUAAACUAGCAGAGUUCCCUGACUAUUUAAAGGCCUUACCCUUCCCUGAUGUACUGGAGAGCUGCCUGGUGCUACUUCAUCUUCCGUCCUAUCAAAUCUCCCCAGAUAUGCGCUCCAGAGCCUUGGCUCUGUUGCACAGUUAUGUCCCUGGAUCUUCAGACCACAAGAAAGCAGCCAAGAAGUUCCUCUCCUUCCCAGAAUGAUUUUUAUGGACUCCAGUUUGCUGCUUCCGGCUCUGCAAUAACUGUUGCAUUAUGUGGGUGCUACCAGUUGCUUCCAUUGGAGGCUGCAAAUACAUCUUCAUCCUGUAGAAAAUAAUUCAAGCUGGAGAAACAUCAGUUGCACAGAUUGUAAGAAAUGCAUGGAAGGCUGCUUAGGGGACCAUGGCUUUAACCUAUAUCAUUUAAUUCGCUUCCAGGUACCUACAUAUCUAUGGCACUGGAAAGCAGACUGGGGCUCUGGAUGGACAAAUAAAUACCCAACCAGAAUGUACUACCUAAUGUCAGCUGUCAUUGUGAUUAGGGUUGCCACCUUUUUUGGAAAGAAAUAAUGGCCUUCCUGUAUAUUUCGAUUUUUUUUCCCUAUUAAUAACAUUGGGGUCAAGCAUCAUUUUUACUGGUCAGGCCUGUAGAAUACUGGCCAGGUGGCAACCCGAAUUGUGUUGGCUCCCAUACUCACAACAAUAAGAUCCCAGCUACAGCAGUAGUGUAAGUGGGAAACAGGGGCACAGUUCACCUAUUAAAUUAAAAGAGAAAGGUGAUCAUUGUCUUGUAAACAUGUUCAGUUUGAUCAGUCUAUCCUGGGGGUACAUAAAGGAAACCUAUGCCUGUAUUUAUAGUUAUAUAUAGUCAUAAUAUAUGGCUUGAUUGUUG